AUGUUUAAAAAAAACCGUUCUUUCGUGUGGGAUUAUUUUACAAAAAAUCCAAACGCUAUUGAUUCUGCAACUUGUAGAAUAUGCAAAAAAAGUUACAAAAGAAGCAAUAGUACAUCUAAUCUUAUUGAUCACCUAAAACGUGAUCAUAUGACAAUAUUGGAACGUGAUGGAAUCUUUUCAGUACAUCAAACUCAUCAAAGAGCAUCUACAAAUGAACUGCCUAAUAACAAUGUAUCAGUCACAACUGAGUUAAGUGGGCAAUCUGUAGAAUCUGUAUCGGUUAGUGAUCAAAGAACUGUAACAAAUGAAACAAUCGUCACAUCUAAAAGAUUGUCUCAGAGUGAACUGCCAUCUAAACGACAGAAACAAUUAACAUUAUCAAAUAGAUUUGGAGCACCCUCAGAUCAACAGGUGCAAUAUUUUACUACAGCCAUAGUAAAGAUGAUUGCUGAGGAUUUACAACCUGUGUCUAUAGUAGAAAACACUGGAUUUAGAAAUUUAGUACAGUUGUUGGAUUCUAGGUACAAGAUCCCAAAUAGACGUACCUUAACUCGGAGUAUAAUUCCAAAUUUAUAUGAAGAAACACGUACUAAAGUACAUUCUUUAUUGGCUCAAUCAAAAUAUGUAUCUAUUACAACAGACAUAUGGACAUCUAUCAAUACCGACUCCUUUAUUACUAUUACUGCACAUUUUGUUCAAGGUGAUAAACUUAAUACUGUAGUUUUGUGCACAAAAAAACUUUUGAACAAUCAUACAGGGGAAAAUUUGGCAGAAGUAUUGUUGACUGAAUUUAAUAAAUGGGACAUACAAAGUAAGAUAGCUGGUAUAGUUACGGAUGGUGGUAGUAAUAUUAAAGCAGCUGUAAGAUUAAUGAAUUUACCUCAUAUACCAUGUACAGCUCAUAAGCUAAAUUUAAUUGUAAGUCAAGCAUUGAUGACUAAUAUUGAUUAUGAUGAUCAAGUUUCCUUUGAAGAUAAUGAUGCGGACCAGAUAAAGUUUCUUUUAAAAAAAUGCAGAAGUAUAGUAGGUUUUUUUAAAAGAAGUGAAGUUGGAAAUAGACAUCUUGUUGAAAAGCAGAAACAACUAGGGAGGACAAAUACUUUGAAAUUGAAACAAGAUGUCAGGACUAGAUGGAACAGUACAUUAGUUAUGUUAGAAAGAUUAUUUAAAUUGAAAGAACCUGUAACCAUAGUCCUAAUGUCAUUAAGAGAUGGGCAAUCGAAUCUAACUCCAAGUCAAUGGGAUGUUGUAGAAGAUAUAAUUCCUUUAUUGCAACCAUUUGAUAAAAUGACUGUAGAACUAUCGUAUGAAAAGGCUCCAACUAUUUCCAAAGUAAUACCAUUAGUAAGAGGAUUACAGAACACAUUAUCAAAAAAAAAAAACCCAAGAACAAGUCAAGGGAAGUUUCUUCGGGAGCAAUUAUUGAACAAUGUGAGAAAUCGUUUUCAGUCACUUGAAAAAUUAUUGCCAAUACCUUACUAUGCUAAUGCAGCAUUCCUAGAUCCCAGGAGUAAAAAGGCAUGUUUCACAAAUCAGCAAAAUGCUAAUGAUGCUGAAGCUUCAAUCAUUUCAGAAAUUGUUGGUUUAGUCCAAAAUCAAACAACUGUUCUUGAUGAAGCUGUUGAUGAAGCUGAAGUAAAUGAGUCUGAAUCUGAAGAAAGUCUUUGGAGUUUCCUAACUGAAAAAGUUAAUUCGAUUCAGAGUCAAACAACUAAUAGGAGCAAUGCUAUCAUCUUGGUGAAGCAAUAUUUAGGAAUGCCAUACCAGAAUCUCAGCUGUAAUUUGAUCCAGUAUUGGCAGCAUCAUAAGGAUGUUUUAAGUCCUCUUAGUGAUAUUGCAUUGAAAUAUGCAACAAUCCCUGCAACAUCGGUGCCAUCCGAAAGAAUUUUUUCAAAAACUGGACAAAUAAUGAGUGAAAGAAGAAAUCGUUUGUUGCCAGACAAUUUAGACAAACUAAUUUUUCUAAAUAAAAAUAUGAAUGUUGAAUAA